GACUUUUGUGAGUGUAAAUAGAAUGAAGUAUCUUGAAAGUAUUCAUCUAUUUGUUUUCAACUUGUAUAUGUCGGAGUGUUUAUUGCACUUCGCAAACUUUGAAACUGUUGGCGACUGUGCAUUGACUUCGAUAAAUUUGCUCUCUAUAAAGAAGAUAUCUUUGAUACAGUGUCUCGACGAAUGCAUUAAGAAAGAUUUUUGCAGAGUUGUCGCAUAUAAUAAAAUACUACCGAAUGUAUUAUGGAUACUUCAGGAUUGAACAGUUAUACAGUCACAACUAAAACCUCUGCUAAAUGUUAUACAAUUGACUUGCAAGGACAAGAUGAUGGUAUUUCAAACGUUGCACUACUAAAAGGAAGUAAUCAAAGUUCCCUCUGGAGUAACACAACUUCCUGGAGAAACAAUACAUGUUGCUCUACAGACUAUGCAAUUGAUGGAAACCCAGCUACUUUCUCUAGUACCAGCUUUGAAUAUCUACCAUAUUGGUGGGUAGAUCUGGGGCUGGUAUAUAACAUUAAACGGAUUGAAAUAAUGAACAGACCUGAUUGUUGUGGCGAACGUCUUCGAAACCUUGACAUCACUGUUGGACCAUCUAUAAAUGACAUGGCAUUGUGCAUUCACUACACAGGUCCGGGUCUGACCGGUGAGCACCUGGUAUUCCAUUGUAACCAGAAUAUGAGCGGUCAAUAUGUUAAAGUAUCUAUCAACGGAACUAACCAUCUUCAACUGGCAGAGGUGAUGGUAUUUGUUUGAAACUGAUCCAUAUUAAAAAAAAACCUGAUGAAUUACAAAGUUAGAGUUCUCUUUUAUUUGAUGCGUUUUUAAAUUACUCAGUUCUGGUUUGUAACUCCGAUUUGUUUUCGCUCUAUCGAUUUAUGAAUUUCGAACAGCGGUAUACUACUGUUGCUUUUAGUUAAUGUUAUUAAAUUGAUUAUUUGAUUGCAUAGUAGUAAAU